UCCUCCUCGCCGCCUGUCUCCCUGCUGAGCCUCCGUCCGUCCGUCCGACCGACCCCCACUUCUUCUCCAAAACUUCACCAAAAUGACACACUUUCAAGAACUCUCUCCUGUUUAAAAUGUGGAUUAACGAGCGACCAACCAGACAGUGAACCACCGCCUUUGCCGGGGGAGGAAAUGCAGGACAAAAGCGGCAAAGCAGCAGCCGGGAGCCCCGCAGGAGGAAACAGCAGAGCCGCCGCCGAGCAGAAUUCAGUACAUGUGAAUGGACAUACUGUCACCCAGAAUGGCCACAGUCCGGCAACUACACCUUCACCACAACCACAGCUUGAAUGUCGAGCCCAGAGUCCUGCACCUGCGACUGCACCGAGGGAGCAGUGGGGUGGAAAGUACGAGUUCCUGCUCUCCUGCAUCGGAUACUGCGUGGGACUGGGGAACGUGUGGCGGUUCCCGUAUCUUUGUUAUCGCAAUGGAGGAGGUGUGUUCCUCAUCCCCUACUUCAUCAUGCUCUUUGUUACGGGAGUUCCACUCUUCCUCAUGGAGCUGAGUUUAGGCCAGUAUGGAGCAGCUGGCCCGAUCACUGUGUGGAAAUGCUGCCCUCUGCUCAAAGGUAUUGGCAUUGGCAUGCUGUGUGUGUCCACGUUGGUGUGUCUGUACUAUAACGUCAUCAUAGCGUGGACGUUUUACUAUCUGGGCAGCUCGUUCCAGAGCCCCCUGCCCUGGUCAUGUGACGCUGUAGCCAACUUAGCUCUCUGUGGUAACAGGACCGCCAGCAACAGCUCCACUGCUAAAACCCUCAGCCCCACAGAGUUUUUCUGGAAUGAGCGUGUGCUGGGUGUAGUACACAGCGAGGGCCUUCAUGACCCGGGCCCUGUCCGGUGGCAACUGGCGCUGUGCCUGCUGGCUGCCUGGAUCAUCAUCUUCCUGUGUAUGCUCAAGGGCAUCCGCAGUUCCGGCAAGGUGGUUUAUGUUACAGCUACCUUCCCAUACUUUGUCCUCAUUGUUCUGAUCAUCAGAGGCGCCACACUGGAGGGUUCACUUCAGGGCGUUGCUUUCUACCUCACGCCAGACUGGGGUCGCUUAGCCAAUGCACAGGUGUGGAAUGAUGCAGCCUCGCAGAUCUUCUACUCAUUAGGUAUUGGAGUUGGAGGGCUGCUUUCUAUGGCCUCUUACAAUAAGUUCGACAACAAUGUCAUCAGGGACACUCUGAUUAUCACCACAGGAAACUGCUGCACCAGCUUCUUCGCAGGAUUUGCUAUUUUCUCAAUCCUGGGUCACAUGGCCUGGAGGAAGGGAGUUCCUGUUGCACAGGUGGCUGAUACAGGUCCUGGAUUGGCCUUUGUUGCUUACCCAGAAGCCCUUGCUCUGCUGCCAGGGUCAGUGUUCUGGUCCAUUCUGUUUUUCCUCAUGCUCUUUAUGCUGGGUAUCGAUACACUGUUUGGCAACAUGGAGGGCAUCACUACGGCCGUGCUGGAUGAGUUUCCACAGCUCAGAAGGAACACACUGCACAAGUCCUUGUUCUUGGGCGCUCUGUGUUUUUGCUUCUACCUGAUGGGGCUCCUGUUAGUGACCAAUGGAGGAAUUUACUGGUUCACUCUCAUUGACGCCUUUGCUACUAGUUUCGGCCUCAUCAUCAUCGCCCUCUUCAUGUGCAUUGGCAUCUCCUUUUUCUAUGGAGUCAACCAGUUUUGUCAAGACAUUAUCGAUAUGAUCUGCCACUGCCCUCCCUGGUGCAGUAAAGUGUUGCUUUACUUCAAAGCAUGCUGGGUAUUCUGUACUCCAUUUCUCCUGCUGUUCAUCCUGACUUACAUCUUCAUUGAGAUGUACAACACAUCGCUGCACUACGGUGAUUACGUGUAUCCGCGGUGGGGUAAAGCGUUGGGAGUGUGCAUGGGAGCCACCUGCUGCCUGCAGAUCCUCAUCUGGGCCAUUGUGGCCAUCAGCAGGGAAACUGGAACUCUGAAAGACCGCUUCCAGAAAGCAAUUCGACCUCUGAAUUCCUGGAGGGUAAAUAACUUGAACAGCGCCAGCGGGAGGACAGCGGAGCGCAUGGAGCCUGAGAGAGUGGAGACGCCGUUCACGGUCACGCUCACGGACAUGGACUUCACUGCGAUGGCGUGGGAGGCGUAACAACGCAGAGAUCAGAGAUGAACUCACAAUGAUGAGCAAACUAUGCUGUAAAGAGACAGAGGAAUUUAUUAUUUUGUUAUUCGCCCCAGCUUGGCCCUGGUGGCUGCGUCUGAACAGACUUUGUCCUGCAGGGCAGUGUGGAUUAAUUGCUUUAUUUAUACCAUUGAGUAAAUAGCAUUUUUAACAAGCCUUUUUAAAAUUUUAUUUACAUUGCAUAGAAUGUAAGGUUACAGUAAAGUGUGGAUCAUCUUCAUCUUACAGGAUGCAGCAGGUUCCACUAGGAUAUUUCAUGUGUCUUAUUUAUUUUCGUAGUACACUGAGUUUUCAGAGGGACCACAUUUUAUUUGUUAUGUUGAAGGAGGAGGGGCUGUUAACCUUCAUAUCACUCAAGGACCUGGAGAAGUGACCACAAAUCAUCAUCAGCCUGCCAGAUUAAACGGUGCUGACGGCACAGCUACAGUCAGGAACACUUUUAUUCCAUCUUUUUGAAAUUCAUUAUCUCUAGAAUAAAUAAUGAAAUUAAAAGUAACUUGCCAAAUUAACUAUUUUUCAAUGUACUGUUCAUGUGUCCACGAGAGGAGACACUGAGAUUUGUUGUCUGACAAUUUCCAUUGAUCAGUUUUUAGAAAUUUCUGCAGAAAAUGUAGUAAUUUAUUCGCUCCUAUUGAAAGCUGUCUUUCAGAAUGUACUGUUUGUGCCAUAAUAACAACUAAAGUCUACAGAAGUAUUGUAGACACGCUUUUAAAUGUUACAUCUAAAAAUUAUCUUUUGAAAAAAGAAGAGAAGUCAGUGUGUAUCUACACACCUUUUUAGUUUACCUUAACUUGAUGUUGACUGUUAUUCAUUGUCGGUUUCCCUCUGCUGUUUAUUAGAAAAACCUCAUUAAAUCAUUGUUAUGUCAAUUGUUAGAUAUAUUGCCUUGAGUAAAUGAUAGUUUUUAUGCUCUAAACCUGACUAACAUCUUAUAACUUUCUAAAGGGGGGGAAAGGCUAAUCAGGUUUGGCAGGAAUGCUCAGAGAAGACAGCAAAAUUGGUUGUUAAAAUGUUAUUUAUUGGCAAAUUAGCCAUGCUGCUCAGUUUAAAAACAUUAUUGGACAAUCAGGUUUUUGUUUUUUUCUGGAAUCUUUGCUAGAUAUGCCCAGUGAUGUUAAAUGUGGGACAUAAAGAAAUGAAUAAUAUGAAGUGUUAAAAAAAUACCGCACCCAUGUGAGACUGCUCACAUGGGUGCAGACCAGUCAAAUUACUGUGUUGUGUAUGUCUUGAAGGGACUGAAUGAAUGAGGUUAUCCCAGGUAGAUCACAUUUAAACAUGCUUGGUUCUUAAUGAAGUUUGAAUCUUGUUUCUGUGAUUGAUGAACACACCUCCACCGUUUUCCAGGCCAUGCUUCAAAGUGUUCCCUGUUGUGUCCUGUUGCAAACAAGCACAUGAUGACAGAUAAAGACGUCCAUUUUUUAAAACUCCUUCAAGCACAUGAAGAUGUUUUUGUGUAUAUAUAAAGAGGAUUUUCUCUUUGAAAUGAUCUUUCAAGCAGGAUCACGACUUAAAAACAAAUUGUAUGUAAUUAAACUUCUGCAUCUAUUUUGCCUUUGUA